AUGAUGACUAUCGACAAUGUUAUAGUCAACUCAUCCACGGAGUGGGCACCGCUCAAGGAGGUCAUUGUCGCCAGACUUCCAGAUGAUGCCUGUUUCCCUCCGGAGGGACCCGAUUUUCGAGGUGAAUGUAACAAUGAGUAUAUUGCAUCCACACUCAGGUGGCCUAUCGGUCCGAAGCAUCCCAACGAGAUUCAAAAGGCAAAUGCUCAGUACGACGCUUACGCUGAAAUGCUCGAAGGAGAGGGAGUUGUCGUGAAGCGACCCACUCCUAUUCCACAGAACAAGCCAAUUGUCACUCCUUUCUGGAGUAUCCCAACGAUGUAUAACUGCUGCCCGAGGGAUAAACUUUUGGUGGUAGGUCGUGAGAUUCUUGAGGCGACCAUGUCAUUGAGAUCCCGUUUGUUCGAAGAAUACUGUUACCGUGAUAUCAUCCUGGAUUACUACAAGAGAGACAAGGGCAUGAUCUGGACUGUUGCUCCGAAGCCAAUGAUGCGCGAUUCUCUUUAUACGCAUUCAGUUGAUGUUGCCAACGGCGUCAAAGUGCCCUUCUGGGACAGGCAAAAUGAACGAUACAAGAACUAUUCCGGCUAUAUUUCUGCAGAAGACGUGAAGAGUAAGAAGCACAAGUUUGAAUUCACUACUACUGAAGACGAGCCGAUAUGGGAUGCCGCUGAUGUGGCGCGUUUCGGUAAAGAUCUUUAUAUAAUUCGGAGCAACACCACCAACAGAAGUGGCUUUGAAUGGUUGCAACGCCAUUUCGCCCCUCUUGGUGUUGAUUGUCACCUGAUGCAUUUCCCAGAUGAUUUGAACCCGCAGCAUAUCGACGGAAAUUUUGUACCUCUGCGUCCGGGACUGGUACUAUGCAACCGUGAGAGGCCGCCCCUAGAAAGUGAGGUUACCAAGUUCAGGGAUGGCAACUGGAAAUUUGUGAAAUCUGCAGCGCCGAAUGCCAUCAACUAUCCCAUGCCUGACUUUUGUGAUUGCAGUGCCAACGGAAUGAGCGUGAAUGUGUUCAGUAUUAAUGAAGAAAAGGUUGUUGUGGAGGAGAACGAAAAGGAACUCAUCUCGCAACUCGAAGAUCUCGGGUUUGAUGUGAUUCCGCAAGGCUUCCGAGAAGUAUACCAGUUUGGGGGCGGGUUGCAGUGUGCUACAAAUGAUAUUCGUCGCGAUGACGAGCUCAAGGAUUUCUUUGCAACUGACUACAAUUAGUGGAAAAUAUGAAGUCCCGCGUUAUACGCAAGGCGGUUGCCUCGUUAAAUUCUUCUUUCCUGACUGCUGCAAUAUGUAGCAAGGCCGAAGGAGUGACAGGCAGUGUUUCGAAUUUAGUGUUCCAAAAUAAACAGCAAUUGAGUAAAA